GGAUUUUAUCUUCUUAUCAAGACAGCUCAUAGCGAGGCUUUAUUAAGUCGGUAAACACGACUGGUUUUGAAAAUGUUUUUUUUGUUUUUUAACUUUGCCUGAACAGGUUGAACGACAUAAUUUGCAUUUCGUUCUCCUCGCAACUAUUUUGUAGUUUGUCUACUCAGAUGCCAAGCUCAGUUUGACUGAACCACUUAAGUUAACAACAUCGUAAGAUGCCUCAGCUCAAUCUUAAGUUAAGUGCUCACGAUCAGCAAGUACUCGAUUCCAUCUUUAAUCCCCUUGAGCUUAGCGGUGUCCAAGCUACAGAUUCCGUGCCCGCCGAAGGUGAUCUAAAGGAUGUAGAGCCGGACACUGAAGCCAUAAGAGCUUCAAGGAAACUGGAACUACAAGCCAUUGAGUUAUCUGAAAAGGGUAAACUGGAGGAGGCCUUAGAUCUAUUCCAGCAAUCACUUACCCUGUCUCAGAGGGCUUCUGUGCUAAACAAUAGGGCUCAGACGCUACGCUUGACAAAACGUGAUGAAGAGGCACUGGAUGACUUAAACAGAGCCUUGGAACUGGCCAAUGAUCAGCAGGCACGCACCAAGUGCCAUGCCCACUGCCAGCGGGGAGUCUUAUAUCGUAAACUUGAUAACUUGGAUAAGGCACGUGCAGAUUUUGAGGCAGCAGCCCAAUUGGGUAGUAAAUUUGCCAGGGAACAGCUUGUGGAAAUCAAUCCCUUUGCUGCCCUUUGCAAUCAAAUGCUAAGACAGGCCUUCGAUCAGCUUAAAUAGGAUGUGAUAUUGAUUCUUGAUAAGUUUAUAACUCUUUUAAAUAAUAAUUAAAAAUUAAAUAAUAUAAUUCUUCUAUAAAUCCAACUAAACUUGAGAUUAGAUCACAACUUCUUUUGCUUAAAGCUUCAUUUUCCUAUAAAUUAAAUAUUAUUUUCCAGUUGAUUUUUGUAGCCUCCCAAACAAUUACCCACGUUCAUCGUUUUUAUAUUUGUUUUUUUUUCACUUGCUGUGUUAACUUAA